AUGUACGGAAAUGACGAUGUGACACGGUUACCGGGUUACGUAUCAUUACUUCGCGGAAUUAAAAUAUCUUUCGUUCACACGUCGUCCGCUUGUGCACACAGUAAACGGAAUUCAAUUUCAGCAUUUCGGUCCCCAGACAUGACCACCAAGCGGAGCACUCGGUCCGGGUCGGUCGAAUCGAAUUACAUACCUACGGGCUUGGCCAUGAGAUCCGAGACCAAAGGCACGCUGCUGGUCAGGGAACCGACGACCGUGUCCAACAUAUUCUUGACGGUGUUGUUGUUCGCAUGCAGAAAAUAUCUCUUUUUCUCGACGCACAGACGGCUAUUCGUGUACUUGAUUCUGCUGGUCGCCUCCGUAGUCGGUGACUUCAUCAAGUUCCCGAAAAUCUACUUUGCCAACAGCGACACGUUCCUCAACCAGUACCUGGUCAAGUUGGGUUGGUUCUGGACGCUGCUAUGGACGCUGUCGUUUCUAGUAGCCACCAGCAAGGUGUUCUGCCUCAACUCUCGUCCGAGCAUUACCAUGCAUGCCACUCGUCUGAUAGUCGCCACAUUUUUCUGGUACUUUUGGACGAACGCUUUCAAUCGACUUGAAGAUUAUUACGGCAAGUGUUCGGGGAGCAGGGGAAUGACCCGAUCAGCGUGCAAGUCUGCUGGUCACCUAUGGAAAUCGUUUGACGUUUCUGGCCACGUUUUCAUACUCAUAUAUAGUACACUGUUGAUGAUUAGUGAAGCGAGGCCUAUCAUUGGUUGGGAUAAAAUUCAAGAUGUGUUGAGAAAUGAAGAGAACGCUCGAAAAGAAGGCAAAAAAGUUGCGACCACAUUUAGCAGUUUGAAAGAAGAGGAACUGCAAGAGAUGAAAGCAGUUUAUAAGAAGAUGACACCUUUCGUACAAGUCUUAUUCAUAGUAAUCACAAUUUUUGUCGCUAUUUGGGAGUUAAUGCUCAUCACAACGAUGAUGUAUUUCCACACAAUGCCCGAAAAACUAUUGGCGGGCAUAGUGGCAAUGUCAACGUGGUUUGUGACAUACAGGGGCUGGUACAGUUCAUCAUUUUUGCCCCCUCUGCCCGGUGACGGAUUCUUUAAAUAUCAAGCACUUCAAAAGAGUGAAGUAGGUAUUUAG